CUAGGCGGGCUAAUUGCGUUUUCCAUUGCAAAAAAUGUCUGUUUACAGAUGCUGAAACAUAGGUUACGCCGUGCCACAGAUGAUUCAAUCAAUGCUUUUGAAGUCGAAGAGUUCUUAUGUGAUACUUUUGACGGCGGAAGCAUCAGUCUCAGCCCUAGUGGUUUUAUUUGAGUGUUCCACCUUUGUCGUCAGCCUGCGGAUCCACAUGAGGCUGUCUCCAUCUUUAAGCGCGGAUCGUCCGAUGAAACCCCACGGUGGAUACACGGAUCACCGGCCCGCGUCCGUCCGUAGGUGUUGUGAUGUUACAUACUAGUCAUCCACCUCUAGCGAUGCUCACAACCGGCUUCAACAUGUCGAUUGAUGGGGAAUCUGUCGUCAUUAAUUACCGAUAGGUUAUCUCUCUCUAGCUUAAGUGCCGCCAAACUCCAGAACAGC